AUGGCAGCGCCCAGUGUCGUGACGAAAAUGUCAAAAGUGGACAAAAAAUUAAAGAAAAAGCAGAUGAAGUUUCGUGACAUGUUAGAAAAGAAUGAAGGGAUACAAAUUUCUGAAACACCAACAAAGAUUUUAUGUGUUCACAAUGGUGGACUUGACAAUUCUGUCAGUAGAGAAGAAAUUUCAACAGCUCUCUACACAAAUGGGUCUCUCAUUGAUGUCAUCAUGUUGCCAAAGAAACCAUACUCAUUUGUCUGCUAUAAAACAGCUGAAGAUGCAACAAAAAGUUUUACAGAAUAUAAUGGCCUUGAGAUGCCCCCUGAUGGAAAGAGAAAACAUUAUGUGAUACUUUAUUUGUCAUAUGUAAACAAAGUUCCAUCUGAUAUUUUACCUUGUAAGGACCUACCACCUGGACUGAUUGUACUUGAAAACUUUGUGUCUGAAGCAGAAGAGAAUCAGUUGAUAUCCAGUUUACACUGGCAAAAUGAUAAUCAGUUGAAGUACAGAGAAGUGAUGCAUUAUGGGUAUGAGUUUAGAUAUGACAUUAAUGAUGUUGAUGCUGAUGACCCUCUCCCUCAGUCUAUACCAGUAGAAUGUAAUGAAAUACUUCAGAAGGCACUUCAAACAGGAUAUGUGAAGCAUCUUCCAGAUCAGCUUACAGUGAACAAAUAUGUUCAAGGCCAAGGAAUUCCUCCACAUGUUGAUACACCAUCAGCUUUUGAAGACGGAAUAAUGUCAUUAAGUUUGUUAUCUCAGAUUGUAAUGGAGUUCAGUCAUCCUGAGGGUCAACAAAUAUCUGUUUUGUUACCCAGACGUAGUUUGUUUAUUAUGACUAGAGAGUCACGUUAUCUAUGGUCACAUGGUAUAACUCCACGAAAGUCUGAUAUUAUCACAACAGCUGAUGGCUUAGAUUUAGUCAUGAGGGAAACAAGGGUAUCAUUUACUUUCAGAAAAAUGAUUCAUCCAAAAGAUAGAAUUGGUAGAACCAUACCAUUCCAAACUUCAGAUUUAAGUAUAAUGCUUCCAAAAUGUCAAACAGAUGCAGAAAAAUUGGAGAAUUCUCAUGUUCAGCAGGUAUAUGAAGAAAUAGCAGAUCAUUUCAGUGGAACAAGACACACACCAUGGCCAAAGAUAUCUCAGUUUAUCAAAGAUAUGCCUGCAGGAUCAUUAAUGGCAGAUAUAGGCUGUGGAAAUGGCAAAUAUCUUGGUCUCAAUCAGUCUGUUUAUGAGGUUGGUUCAGACAGGAGUGUUAACCUCUCUGAGAUUUGUCAUCAGCGGUCCCAUGAGGUGUAUGUUGGAGAUGUGCUUCACAUUCCAUUACGUUCCUGUUCCUUUGAUUUCUGUAUAUGUAUAGCUGUCAUUCAUCAUAUGUCCACUCAGGAAAGAAGAGAGGCGGCUAUAAUAGAACUAUUGAGAAUCUUACGAUCAGGUGGAAAACUUCUGAUAUAUGUAUGGGCCAUGGAACAGGAACGUCACAAAAUAAAAUCCAAAUAUCUGAAAGAGAGCAAAUUACAUAACACUGACAAAGAUCAUAGUUUGAACAGUCAUGUCAACUGCUCUGACCAAUUAAAGAGUGGGGCAUCAGCAAGCAAAGAAAACUUAAAUCGAAGUGACAGUCAAUUUAUAAACCAAAAGAGCGAAAAUGAUUCAAACUGUGAAUUAACAUGUGAUAGUCAAAGUAAUAAGAAAGAUUCAUUGGAUGGUAGUGAUAGAAAAGGGACAGAUGGAACAAUUGGCAGUCAGGCUGACAACAAAACAAACUGUUGUUUGACUGUGCAUAAAAAUAGAACUUAUUUUCAACAGCAAGAUGUUCUGGUGCCAUGGGAAAGGAAAGAUCAGGACAAUAAUACCACAAGUUUCCAUAGAUACUAUCAUGUUUUUAAGGAAGGAGAAUUAGAAGAAAUGUGUUGUAGAAUAAGUGGAUGUCGUGUGCUUGAAAAAUAUUAUGAUCAAGGCAACUGGGCAGUUAUUGUCCAGAAACAAUGAUAAAUAUAAAAAUAAAUUUUAUUUAUUA